CGACCGCUCAGUAAGCUCGCGACUGCCGGCGAGACGCACGCCCGCUGCCACACAGAGCCGGUUGCUAUGCCCGCGAACACGCCCGCGGUAUGGCCAGCGGCCUAACCGCGACAUGUUGAAGCAUGCUCAGCGGCCGCCGGCGGCGAACGAUGCCGACCAACGCUAUCAGAACAUGCCUCGGCGGCCGCACCAUCAUUUACCCCUCAACGUCUCCACCUUGGAUUCCUCCAAGCAUUCCGUUGGAGGCACCUCGGGGAGCGUCAGCCCGGGCGGGCAGCCGAAUCCGAGCGUGCCCGUCCUGUCUCCCGUUCCUGUCGCGUCUCCGCCAAAGAUAGCCAAUGGAAACGUGAAUGGAGUAAGGACUUCAACGAUCGGGAAAUCGAGGAGCAUUAGAGCGGCAACCGAGGAAGCGCUCACUUCUUUGGCACUCCUCUGCCUCGUCAGUCUCCUGUUAGCUCUACUAGCACUGCUGUUCCUUCUGAAGAUAUCCGCGCCGGCCACGAGUGCUCCUGAAGAGUUCGCUGUUGUGUACGAAGUGACGUUAGCUCUGUGUGCGUUGACGCUCUCUCUGAACCUGUGCUGUCUUCUCGUGUGUGCUAUUCAGUUCCUGUUCGCAGUGAAGCUGGUGCACUCCCCAUCGGCCCCCAACGGAAGGUCUAACAAAUAUCUGCAGAAGUCGGCGAUAACGAGAGUAUGCGCUGUAGGUGGAUUCUUCAUAUCAAUACCUGUGUUUUUAACAGGGAUAAUCCUAUACACGUUCAUCCAGUUCCAUUCCACGCCUGCAAUAGUGACGUCCGUGUUCAUCGGGGUCGGCAUCAUUUUCUGCGGCUGCGCGAUGGUGCACAACGUCUUCGUGUGGCAGAAGGAGAAGACUAACCUAGUCAAGGCGUUUCGUGCAGACAUGAACACGUCUCAGAAUCAGACGUCCAACGGGAUUGUAAUGAAUGGGCACCUGAACAACAGUGGCGCUGGCAACCUGAGCUUCCACAGACAAGCGCCUUAUUCGCACCCCAUCACGCUGCUGCAGCAGGGACCCUAUAUUAUUAGACCACCGACGAGCACGCCUCCGGGGGAGGGUGCAGCGACGCCAGGCGUGCCGGCCGCCACCAUCGACCUCAGCCACGACGCACACGAACUCAGCACUCUAGUCUGAAGUCUUCUGGAUAUAGGCUUAAUCGUCCAAUCACCGACUAACGUACGACGAAGGCACAGUGUUCAGAGUUGGCCUUUUGAACGCCAGACGACGAAUAAGGAAUAAUUAUGCCGUGCCCCGGACGCCAGGCGAUCGCCAUUAUUUAAGCGAAAUUGAACUUUACGAAGUCCUGCGUAAGUCGCUAUUGCAUUGGCCAAGCUGACGUCUUUCCGAUGACGGCCGUAGCCGUCUGUGGCUGUCAAAAGAUUAAAACGUCCACGUCCACGAACAUCAACUUAGCACUUUGGUGUGUAGCCUUCUGGACAUAGGCUUAAGCUUACAAGUACCGAUGAAAAAUGGGCUUUGAAACGUUGCUGUCUUCCUUCAAGUUACGACAGACACGAAUUUAGCACUAUCAUCUGAGCCUUAUGACACUGAAGCUAACAGCAACAUCUACCGACGUACGAGGAAGACACAGCGUCAAGCGUGCGAUCUAUGCCCCGACACGAAAGAAACGAAUAUUGGAACUCAAGCUUAUUUAAGUACCGACGACGUACGAAGAAACAGCGUCAACACAAAAACGAACAGCAGUGGAGAGUGGAAACUCAACUAGACUAAGAUCUUCUGGAUUCAACGCUUGAUCUUAACUACCGACGACGUACGACAAGACCGAAACCAACAAUAGAGGCUCAACUGGACUGACAACAUGAUGUGGCAAUGCGAAGCGACACCCAACGUCCAAGCCGUUAUGUUACAGACAUAUUUUAUGAGUGUUAAUGAGACAUAAGAAUGUUCUGAUACAACUAACCAAACCAUCUUUGACAGUAAUAUCGGACAGUACAGUAUCAGAGAUCAAGCGCAUAAGGUGUUUAUGCCCCUGCAUGGUCACUGCCUUCGCUCAACAGCAAUCUGUAAACUGGGUAAAAAGACUCAAUAAGAUCUGUCCUAAAGUUAAGAAUAGUCUAUCUAACGGUAAUGUAACAUGUAUCAGAUAUGAACACGCUUUAGUUGCCACAAUCUGAUGCUGACUGUACACUUGACGUUAAUAUUAUGUUUAUACUUUUCACCUUAUGAUUAUGAUGUAAUAAGUUGCAAAAGUGUAAACAUAAUUUACUUAUUCACGAGAAAGGGAAAUAAAUAUAUUGUUACGUAUUUCAAUUGGAGCCAAGGCCGUGCGAAUUCUUUACGCAAAAACAAAGAUAAGAGUCAAGUUUUGCGCAAAAAAUACGCACAAAUGUGUAUAAUAAUACCUUCCAUAACCGUCUAAACUUGGAAUUUAGAAAUCCUACCUAUAUAAAGGAGCCUCUUUGACAACUAUGAGUAUACCGACUUGUACUAAGCUACUUAACCCGAGUUUCAUUUGGAAGAGUAAACAUAAUAAUAUUUGUAUAUUUAUGGUAGUUGUAAAUAUAUUUCAUCACAAUAUUAUGUGAUUUGCCAUGUUUUGAGCUUUCAAAUAUUGUUUGCUUUGAAUGACUGAGAUGAGAAUUGAAAUUUUGUGUGUUAGGAUUGAGAUUAUUAAUAAUAAUAUAUUAAAUUAAUGUUAAGAUAA